GGCGGGGCGGACAGCGCGCAGCCGCGCCGCGAUUCGGGGACUUCGAGGAGCUGGAAGGUCCCUGCCGCGCUCGGAGAGGCUAUGGGUCGAGCCUCUGCAGAGCUCGGGUCGUGGCAGCUUGGGCUGUGGCUGCUGCUGUGUAGCUGGGGGUGCCUCGCGAGAGCCGAACUGAGGGCCCCGCCGGAUAAGAUCGCCAUUAUUGGAGCUGGAAUUGGUGGCACUUCAUCAGCCUAUUAUCUGCGGCAGAAAUUUGGGAAAGAUGUGAAGAUUGAUCUAUUUGAAAGACAAGAGGUAGGGGGCCGUUUGGCCACCCUGAAGGUGGAAGGGCAAGACUUUGAGGCAGGCGGUUCUGUCAUCCAUCCUUUAAAUCUGCACAUGAAGCGUUUUGUUAAAGACCUGGGCCUCUCCACGGUUCCAGCUUCAGGUGGCCUAGUGGGGGUAUACAAUGGAGAGACUCUGGUGUUUGAGGAGAGCAGCUGGUUUAUAAUAAACAUGAUUAAAUUAGUUUGGCACUAUGGAUUUCAGACUCUUCGAAUGCAUAUGUGGGUAGAAGAUGUGUUAGACAAAUUCAUGAGGAUCUACCGCUACCAAUCUCAUGACUAUGCCUUCAGCAGUGUAGAGAAAUUGCUACAUGCUGUAGGAGGGGAUGACUUCCUUAGACUGCUUAACUACACGCUUCAUGAAACCUUGCAGAAAGCAGGCUUCUCUGAGAAAUUCCUCAGUGAAAUGGUUGCUCCUAUCAUGAAGGUCAAUUAUGGCCAAAGCACAAACAUCAGCGCCUUUGUGGGGGCAGUGUCAAUGUCUGGUGCUGAUUCUGGCCUUUGGGCAGUAGAAGGUGGCAAUAAAGUUGUUUGCUCAAGACUACUUAAGGCUUCCAAAGCCAAUCUUAUAUCUGGCUCAGUAAUGUUUAUAGAGGAGAAAACAAGGACCAAGUCGACAGGAAAUCCAACAAAGAUGUAUGAAGUGGUCUACCAAACUGGAUCUGAGACCCUUUCAGACUUCUAUGACAUUGUCUUGGUGGCCACACCACUGAAUCAAAAAAUGUCCAAUAUAACUUUCCUCAACUUUGAUCCUCCAAUUGAGGAAUUUGAUCAAUUCUACCAACAAAUAGUGACAACUCUUAUUAAGGGAGAAUUGAAUUCAACUGUAUUUAGCUCUCAAGAGAAAAAUCAGUUUGGCCUCUCUACAGUGUUAGUCACUGAUAGUUCAGAUUUGUUCAUUAACAGCAUUGGGAUUGUAUCCCCUGUAAGAGAAGAGGAAAAUCCUCUACCAUCAACAGAUGGAACAUAUGUUUGGAAGCUAUUUUCUCCAGAUGUUCUUAGUAAAAGGCAAAUUAUGAAGUUCUUUUUGUCCUAUGACUAUGUUGUGAAGAAGACCUGGCGUGCAUAUCCUGUGUAUAGGCCCCCGCAGAAAUGCCCCCCCAUUGUGCUCCAUGACCGGCUGUAUUACCUCAAUGGGAUAGAGUUUGCUGCGAGUGCCAUGGAGAUGAGUGCCAUUGCAGGCUAUAAUUCUGCUCUCCUUGCCUAUCAUCGCUGGAAUGGGCAUACAGACAUGAUUGACCAAGAUGGCCUGUAUGAGAAACUUAAAACAGAGCUGUGAAAUAACUCUAUCCACCUUUCCCCUUCUGGUUCCCGGUGAGUAUCACUGGCAAAAAAAUUACUGAAUCUGAGCAGAGAUGAUUUUGAAUCAGAUAUUUUCCCAUUAUCUUCAUUUAAUUAUGGGUCAUAAGCAAAUGCAAGGUUCAGUGGAUAACUUGCAUCUAGGACAUCUUCACAAUUUACCUGCUUUCUCAAUAUCCAUGACAGUGUUUCCCAAACUUGUCUAAUCAUAGCAAUCACCUGGAGCUUGUUAAAAUACAUGGAUUGCUGGGUGUGGUGGCACAUGCCUGUAAUCCCAGCACUCAGGAGGCAGAGGCAGGCAGAUUGCUGAGAGUUGGAGAACAGCCUAGGCUACAUAGUUCAAGACCAGCCUGGACUAUCUAGUGAGACCCUGUCUCAAAAACAGCAACAACAACAACAGCAACAACAACAAGAAAAUCAAAAAAUCCCAACAUGUGGAUUCUCAAGCUUUUCUUUUGAGAUUCUGAUUCAGUAGGUUUGGAAGUGGAGCUCUGGAUUUUGAUCAAAAUGGUAGAGCUGUUAAGAUGAACUCAAAUUUAAAGACAUCUUAGAGACUGGCUCAUUUAAGUUUCACAUUUGUAUAUGAUCUUUAUUCAGAUAAUUAUUUUGGAAGGUGAUUUUUUUUUUUUUUGGUACCGGGGAUCGAACUUGGGUCUUUGAGCUUGUGGGGGAAGGUGGCAGAACCACUGAGCUAAAUUAAAUUCCCGGCCUGUGGAAGUUGAUGUUUUGAGGCUGUCUCUUAGCAGUAUGCACCUUUUUGACCUAAAUGCACCCAUUGUUAAUCCUGGACUUUCAGAAUGUUAUCCUUUGAUUGCUCUGUUACCAUUUUAUUAGGGGCAAAUUUCAGAAGUCUUAUGAGUAAAAUCUUAAGAUUUUAUACCAAAAUCUCCAGGAAAAUGGAAAGCAGAUAUGGGAUACUGAAUUAAGAAAUUGACAUUCUAAUAUUAAGGCUUUGCUUGAGGAACUUUAAAAAUUACUGAUAGGUCCUCACAGCUGCAGAUUGGGAUUUGAUGGAUUGAGGAUAUGAACUUGUCAUUAUAGCUUUCUCAGCUCCUAAUAUGCAGCCAGAGUUAAGAGACUCUUGGAUGUAGGGGUGAUGAAAUAUCUGCAAGGGGUUUUUAGUGCCUUAGAAGUCCUAAGAAACCCAAAUCAUUGUCAAAGCAGAUCUAUUUCACAAGCAAUGAUUUUUCUCAGGGAGAACUUUCACAGUAAUCUUGAUAAGGAGCAUUAACAGUGUUAAUAGCAGAGGCAACUUUUUUAACCCUAGAGCAGCAGUUGGCACUAGAACAGGAUAACAGGACACCAGACUCUGUCAAAUUCAGGAUAUGUUCAGAGUGCUGAAUACAUCAGUUACUGUAGCGUGGUGGGUUGGAAGGUAGAUGCUGAAAUCGUGAGGUAGUGGCUCUCAAACUUGCCUGCACAGUGGAAUCAGUUGAAGGACUCAGAGCUUCCCUUAUGCAGCCAAACUUGAGAAAACCAGUUCAGUGUUUGCUGUACAAAGGUCAUGAUCAAUUGUCCUAUCACUGGUAUAAAGAACAAGUACAUCUUGUGAAUUCUGACAAUAACUGCAACCUGGUUAACAUGUACCAUCAUUUAAAGAUUCCUUCAUCAGAUUAUGUCAGUAGCUAUUUUAGGAAAAUGGUAUGACAUUAACUUAAUAAAAAUUAUUUCUUCUCUAGUCCAAUUGUGUACUAUUACAUAAUACACUGAUAAAACUGCCAAGAUAUAUUUGAUAUAGACAGGAAUUAAACUCAUGGUUUAUCAAAGGGUUAGCUCUUUCCUAGUUUUAUUCUUUACAAGAGUGCUGAGGGAUUUAUAUUUUUUUUCCUUUUGUGGUUUUAAAGAGGACAAUUUGUAGAGACUGUAAUGCUGUGUUAUAUAUACUACAGUAGUCCCUCUUAUCUAAGGGUGAUAUUUUCCGGUACUCCCCAGUGGUUGCCUGAAAGUGGACAGUACUGAACCCCAUACAAUGUUUCUUCCUGUACAUACAUACAUACCCAUGAGAAAGUUUAACUUAUAAAUUAAGCAGAGUAAGAUUAACAAGUGUCUACUCAUAAUAAAAACUGUAUUCUGUAAGGUAUUUAAUUUUUAUUUCUGGCAUUUUCCAUUAAAUAUUUUCAGACUAUGCUUGGUUUUCUGUAACUGAAGCUAUGGAAAGCCAAACUAGAUAGGGAGGACUACUGUAAAUAUUGGUAAAUACUAAUGAAAUGAUUUAAUUUCUACCAUUUGUAGACUUGUUUUGCAGUGGGAUAUAUUUUUACUUAUAAAAAUACCAACUUAAAAUGUUCCUGGUCUUAUAUCAAACCUACUGUGAUUCAGUGUUCCAAUAGGGUAUCUGAAAUUGCUUCCCAAAAACCAAAACAGGUUGAGUCAUCAGACAUAUUAGGUAUUUUCAAGUAACUUCAGUAUUAAAAAAAAAAAUUUUUUUAAACUGGAAGAGAAAUACUACUAGUGCCUUCUACUCCAGGGAUAUUGGGUAGUUUUUACUGUAACUGCACCAUUAAAGAAUAAUUUUAUAUGCCUUGCAAGCACAAGGACCAGAGUUUGAUCCACGGUACAAAAAAAAAAAAAAAAAUUUUAUGAAAGGAAAAAUACUUUCAAGGUUUGCUACUCCAGGAGGCCAGUCUCUUUUUACGGAAGAGACUGUUAACAAUGAUGCUGGAGCUGAGUGGGAGCCAAGUCUACUCCAGUUGUUCCAAGAGUUGAGUAUGGAUCUGCAUUACUUGGAAUGAUUAUUAAAACUUUGCGGGGUCCCACCCUGGGAUUUGUUACUUAACAGGAUUAUAGUGGGAUACAAAAAUUUGCAUUUCUAUUAAGUUCCCAGGUGAUGCUCCUAUUCUAGGAACCACACUUGGACAGUUACUUCUAAAAAGCAACAUCUGUGAAGAUUUAGAGAUGCUGAAUAAAAAAAAUGUACUGAACUUAAUAUGUUAUCCUGUGAUUAGCUUGAUUCGUGUUUUGUUGUAAUCAUUUUUUAUAAAGAGAAAAAACACCAUUUAUAUACAUCAUUAAUUGUCUUAAAAAAAUCUUAGAAGCUCACCUGUAUUUUCCAGUUUUAAACUGAUUGGAGAUUUGCAGGCUUUUUGCUGUAUCACAAAAAGAGUAAACAGGUCCUUAGGCAUUUGCUUAGAAUGUUUGUUAGGGUUAGGCUCAUAAUACAACCAUGUGUAAUGUAUCUCUCAUUUCAGCUUUUGAGCCAAAAACAAAAUUCAUCAACUAGAUGAACAUAUUAUUGGCUACAUUCACUACUCUACUCGCAGUUACAAUAUGCUGUUUCUCUGAAAUCCUGUUUCUAUCUCUUGAAAAAUUUCCCCAGUGAUUGUGUUAACAAUAAACAACUGUGUCAUUACUUUUCA